AUGGGCUCACAAACUCCAGGGUCUACCUCUCGCCGGUCGACGGUUCUUUGUGAAUCCUUCUACAUGGAAGGCGAGGAAUGGCCCGAAGUCACCUUGAUAUGUGGUUCUCUGGGAGUCGUGCUUGGCUUCUAUGGGCAAAACACAGAAGUCGAGGUCAAGAUGGACUACUGCGGACAAGAGACUACGCGUGACUUCCCGGUUCAACUUCCAUCAGCCAAUUUAUCAGACCAAUCGGUCGGUGGAUAUCUCGCAGAUGUCGCUGAGAAAUUGUGCACGAGGAUGCCAGACGGCGCAGAUCCGACCUGGUUUCGUCCCGCGGCGUUAGAGCAGCAACAAGGCACCACCUCAUCCGCCAACCAUUUUUCGUCCAAGGCAUUGGAAGUCAAGAUUAUUCUGGAUGAGGAGACAGUCAAUUCUCGACCGUGCCCUAUCUGGAUCUCUUGCAAUUUCAAAGGUGCCAGACCAUCGUUGUCAGCAGAAUUCGAUGAAAGCUCUCAUGAAGCCAAAUUCGUGGACAGACUAUUGUGCCAGAUCUCUCACAUCAGCAAACAGUUAAGCAGUCCAAACACCCUGCUUCGAGAUGUCAAUUUGCUCAGCAGCAAGGAUGAAAGAGAUAUACGCCGAUGGACCCCGACGCCUGUCCCGUUACGCCCUUCGUGUGUGCAUGAGCUGGUCGAAACGCAAUUUUUAAUGUCGCCGGACGCAUCCGCCGUCCACUCUUGGGAUGGAAGUUUGACCUACAGAGAACUGCACGAAGCAUCAUCUCGCGUAGCAGUGCAGCUAUUGGAGGCAAAUGUACCCAGAAAAAGCGUCAUACCCUUGCUUUUCGAGAAAUCCAUGUGGACGGUGGUUGCCAUGAUGGCAGUUCUGAAGAGCGGGCAUGCAUUCUUGUUGCUGGAUGCUUCUCAUCCUACCGGUCGAUUAGAGUUGCUUACACUCGACGUCAAGGGUCCCAUCAUCCUGUCUUCAGAGGCUCAGAAAGACCGUGCUGCACGUCUGGCUCCCUCGGUUAUCUCAGUUUCGUCUUCAACCGUCUCUGGAGACGCAAUAGUCACAGCGUGGGACCAGGAACAAAUCACGAUUGAACCGUUCGACCUUGCCCUUGUGGUUUACACCUCAGGUACCACUGGCCGACCAAAGGCGACGGCUAUUGAACACCACUCGAUUUGUUCCGGCUUAACAGGCCUCGCUGAUCUCGCCGGCAUAUCUGAGACGUGUCGUUAUUACCAGUUCUCAUCCUACGCAUGGGACGCUGCUUUCGGCGAGAUACUCAUGACCCUCUUCAGCGGCGGAUGCAUCUGCAUUCCUUCCGAGGAGGAUAGAAUGAAUCGACUUUCCCAGUCUAUGACCUCGCUGAACGCCAACUCGGUUCUGCUGACCCCCACUGUCCUGCGCCUCCUCUCUCCACGAGAGGUCCCCACCAUGCGUAACAUCAUCAUGGGAGGCGAGAAGGUCACGAAAGACCUAAUUCAAACCUGGAAGGGCCACGCAAGCUUGACCACGGUUUACGCCCCUGCGGAAUGCACGGUAGCGUGCAUGGUAAAUCAACAGUUCGGAGACGAAUUUGACCCAGCCUUGAUUGGUUCAUCGUUUGGCUGCCGAGUAUGGCUCACUGUUCCCGACGACAUCAACCGAUUGGCACCCGUAGGAGUCGCUGGGGAGCUGAUAAUCGAAGGGUCAAACGUGGCCAGAGGCUACCUCAACGAUGGCGAAAAGACAGCCAAGUCCUUCCUCACUACGUCGCCAGCCUGGAUGACUGCAAUGCAGAUUGAUCGGCUUCCCCACUCACGUUUCUACCGCACCGGUGAUCUGGCGCGGUACACGCCCGACGGAAAAGUUGUAUUCGUUGGCCGGAGAGACUUUCAAGUCAAGCUACGCGGGCAGAGAAUAGAGCUGGAGGAGGUUCAAAGCCAAAUCCAGCGAAGGCUACGGCUGCCCGGCGCACAGGUUUUCGUGGACGUGAUGGAGACUGUGGCAGACCUCAACCUGCCAAGUCUCACAGCGUUCGUGCAUAUCCCUCAACACCAAAGUGAAGCCUAUGACAACCAGUCCCUGGCAGAGAACAUGGCUGCCGAGUAUGACAGUCUGCAACUCGCCCUUACAGAUGUGCUUCCCGAGUUUAUGGUCCCGACUAUUUGGAUUCCUCUACCAGUGGUCCCCCUCUCAUCUUCGGGAAAACUUGAUCGCUCUGCGCUCCGCCAAGCCGGCAGACAAUACCUGUUGGGUCUUAAAAGCAUUGCUCGCAAGACAGAGACGCUGAGCGAAGCUCAGCAGCAUUUAAGCCAGCUGUGGGAACGGGCCCUGACGACGACGCAGAGGCCAGGCUUGACGGACAACUUCUUCCUCUUGGGCGGAGACUCUGUCAAAGCAAUGCGGCUUGUGUCACUGGCACGACAAGCAAACCUCGAAUUAUCUGUCCGAGAUAUAUUCCAGCACCCGACAUUGUCCGCUAUGUGCUCCAAAACGAAGCCGAUCUCUCACAGUAACAAACUUGUCAUUUCAUCGGCCUUCUCGAUGUUAUCAAAGGAAGAUCUUUCUCGGUCCUCGGCCAAUUUAAAAUCACUCGGUUUCGAGGAAGAAGACAUAGUGGACGUGUUCCCAUGUUCACAGCUGCAGGAAAGCAUGUUCUCAUUCUCACUAAGUGUUCCCGGGUCAUACAUAAGCCAAUAUGUUUUCCCUAUAGGUCGUGGCGCAGCCGCGGAAAAUCUCAAGAAGGCACUGGAGGACACAGUCGCAGCCGUUCCGAUCCUCAGAACGCGCAUUUUACUGGGUCAGAAGAACUUCAACCAAGUUAUAAUAAAAGAUUCACUCCAAUGGACACACACUCAGCAGCCACUUGACGAAUUUUUGGAGACAGACCGCCAAGGAACCUUCGACAUUGGAGAGACACUUACCAGAUAUUGCAUAAUAGACGAUAUGGAAUCUGGCGAGGUUCACCUGGUCUGGACUCUGCACCACUCCAUAUUCGAUGGAUGGAGCAUUGAACGCAUUUUUGAACGCGUGCGGAGUCGGUUUGAAGAGAGGGACACGAGUGAGGACGAAGACGAAUUGGACAGGGACUUUGCCAAGUUCGUACAAUUCAGUCGGAACACGGACACAGAAUAUGCCCGCGAAUUUUGGCUCCAUCAGCUCCACGAUGCACCGAUGCCCUCCUUCCCAGCCAUUCGCGCAGACAAUGCGCAGAUCGCCGAUAGAUCAUGCAUUACAGAGUCUAUGGCCAUCUCUCAAUUUUCGAAGCCCGGCAUCACAGUCACAAUUCUGGCCAGAGCAGGUCUUGCACUUCUUCUAUCGCAAUACGAGAACUCGGAAGAUGUAGUAUUUGGGAAUACGGUACACGGGCGCAGCUCUCUCCCGCUUCAGCUUCACAAUGUUCUUGGGCCUACACUUGCCACACUUCCUGUGCGAGUCAGAGUCGAUAAACAGCAUACCAUUUCUCGAUUCCUCGCGGAUCUUCAGGAUCAGUUCGUUGCCACGAUACCUUACGAGCAGUAUGGACUGCUACGGAUUCGUGGCAUCAACCAAGAGACACGUGCUUCGUCUUCCUUUCGAGUUCUUCUGAUCGUCCAAAAUCCCGAAUCUACGCUGUCUUUGGGAGGCAACUUUGAAGGGAGAGAAGCCUUCCGAUGCCUCCACGAGUACCCUUUGGUGAUCACCGUCACUCCCACCCCGACACGCGUGAACACGUCGUGGACAUUUGAUGAGAAUUGCGUGUCUGAAGAGCAGGUCGGGCUACUCGCUCUUCAGUUCAAGCAGACUUUAGCCCAACUCUGUACCAUGCCAGACAUCACAGAGCUUCGAGACCUCGACCUUGCGAGUGAGACUGAUAAGGUUCGAAUUUUCGACUGGAAUGCCGUGCACCACAAACCAGUCAACACUUCCGGCAUCGAAUUGUUUCGCAAACAGAUCGAGCGGGAUCCUGAAGCAUUGGCAAUUGACGCCUGGGAUGGGAACUUGAACUACGCAGCCCUCGACAAGGUUUCCGACGCCUUUGCUUCCGAGAUGGUUCGUUUAGGGGUCAAACAAAAUACACUAGUUGGCCACUGUUUUGAAAAGAGCAGGUGGGCUCCAGUGGCCCUGAUAUCCAUCCUCAAAGCCGGUGGUGCAUUCGCUCCUUUCCCUCCUGGAUAUCCGAAAGAGCGGCUGCUGAGUUUUACCCGCGAUGCCGGGAUUCGACUCAUUAUCUGCUCCCGUCAGCAGCGCGACAGCCUCUCAAGUGGUCCUUGGGAGAUCCUUGUGGCCGAUGAGGAAACCCAGGGCAGCUUUCUUCAGCGACCAGCAACACUCCUACCCACCUCGAUAAGGCCGGAAAGUCUCAUCUAUGCACUGCAAACUUCUGGGACAACGGGGCAGCCAAAGACUUUCACAGUCAGGCACACAGCCUUCGCCACCGGCGCCGUAACCAGAGCACCUUGGAUCCGACGGGGAACGGGAAUGCGUGUGCUGCAGUUUGGUCCAUACACCUUCCGUCUCGGAAUCGAAAACAUCCUGGCUACUCUCACGGCCGGCGGUUGCAUUUGUAUCCCCUCGGACGACGCCAUCAUGAAUGACCUCUCAGGCUACAUGAAGGAGGCCAGGAUCAACUUUGCAAACGUCACACCUUCGGUAGCACGCACUCUGGCUCCCCUCGAAGUACCAGAUUUGGAGGUUCUGCUCGUCUCGGGCGAACCGCCCGACCGUGACCUGGUCGCCAAGUGGGCCGGCCAUGUCCAACUCGUCAAUGGGUACGGGCCCAGUGAAUUCGCAGCAAAGCAGACACUCAAUUUUGCCAUGACCGAAGACGACCCACAGAAUCUCGGUCGGCCGGUGGGUGCGAGCCUAUGGGUGGUGGACCCGGACAACCACGAACGCCUGAGUCCUCUGGGAGCUGUGGGGGAGCUGCUGAUUGAGGGACCGACCCUGGCUGAUGGGUACAUCAACAGGCCUGCCGAGAUGUCCAAAUGGUUCAUUAGCACCCCAUCUUGGCUUCGUGCUUUCCGAACGGGCAAGACGGUAGUAUUCAAGUCAGGCGAUCUGGUGCGAUACAACCCGGAUGGUAGCCUUACGAGCGUUGGCCGUGCUGACGGCCAGGUAAAACUCCAUGGGCAGCGUUUCGAAGCGAAGGAGGUCGAGCAUCACGUCAGAACUGUUCUGGCAGAUGUGCAGCUCCAUGUUCUCGUUGAUGUAAUCCGUUUCAAAGGCCACGAGUCCGACGUCGUGGCCGCGUUCGUCGCGCUGAAAGAGCACAAGCUCCAAAGCACGAUGGAAUUGGAUCCAGCACUAAGCAGGAAGAUUCAGGGUCAAAAGCACAAGAUUUCAGAAAGCCUGUCUCGUUUCCUGCCCGGUUACAUGGUUCCCAAAGUCUUCGUCGGCGUGUCGAUCAUCCCCGUCACGGCCAAUGGUAAGGCGGAUCGGCGAGCGUUGAAGGCAUUCGGUUCCCAGCUGCCAUUCUCUUGGGCGGAUGCCGAGGAUGGUGCCUCAGUCGUGAGACCGCCCAGCUCGGACAUGGAGAGGUUGCUUCAUGGCCUCUGGCAGAAGGUACUGGGAUUAGAUUCUGGUCAGUUAGGACUUGACAACAAUUUCUUCGAGCUCGGCGGCAGCUCGAUGUCGGCGAUCCGGCUGGUUGCCAUGGCACGCGAGGCCAACCUGUCACUUGUUGCCCAGUCCAUAUUCAAAUAUCCGGUCCUACAGGACAUGGCUCUGCAGCUGGACAGUCUCGACAAGAGAGACUCCAACUUGGCAACAGCCCGCUCGCCCAGGUUCAGUCUGCUCCGCGAGAUAGGCUGCAGCCUGGAAGCGCUAACAGAGGAACUGUCAGUACAUGGACUGACGGAAAACGACGUGGAAGAUGCAUACCCAUGUCUUCAUCUACAAGGAUUUUACAUGAAGAAGGCGGUAGUCUUCCCGGGAUCGACCACAUACCAACACGUCUAUGAGCUACCAGAAGGUACUGACGUUCCAAGAUUGGAGCUGGCGAUCGAGUGUGUUUGGAAGGCCAGCCCCAGCCUGCGGACCCGCGUGAUAUCGGUUUCGGGGAAGCUCGUCCAAGUGGUGUGCAGGGAGGACUUCGUGUUUCGUCAUUUCGAACGGCUGGAAGAAUGCCAUGAGGAAGACCAAAAGGUUUCAUGGGCAAUGGGGGCUCCAUUGAGUCGAUUCAGCAUCGUGGCUGGCGACAAGGAGCGCCAUCUGCCCCCGCAUCUGGUCUGGACGAGCAGUCACGUCGUCUGGGACCAGUGGAGCCGCAUCAUGAUGUUGGAAGACAUUGACAACGCCUACCAGAGUGGGUGCCUGCCCUAUGUCCGUCCAUGCUACCGGGACUUUGUUGCACAUGUCUGUCAGCAAAGUCGUCUUGGCGUGCACCUCACAUCCUCACUCUUGCGCGAUGAAUAUCUAGGCCGCCAGUUCACGUCGCGAUCCACCGUGGGUUGGACGGAGUACCGUGCCCGGAACAGCGCGCGCAUGGUCUUGACUCUCGACUUGCCGGUCAUAGACAAGUUGAGUGUGUCCCACUCAAGCCUUUUGCUCAGCUGUUGGACGUUGGCGGUCGCAGUCGUCGAAGACUCGAAUGCCAUCCUCACCGUCAACGAAAUCAACGGCCGGGGAAGCUCUUUCCCUGGCGUCGAGAAACUAGCGGCGCCCGUAGUCGCGGCGGUCCCACUCUGCGUUGCUGUUCAGCCGGGGACCAUGAGUGAGCACGCUGCUCUCGUCCAGAAGCAUACGACAGAAGGUCUGGCUCUGCAGCAUAGCGUGGCAUUGGACAACCAGCUUUUGUCGCAGAUUGAGUCUUCGGUCUACUGGGUCCUGGUAAAUGACCAAGACGGCCACGAGGAGCCUGCCACGACGUCGCUUGGGCUGCGGCGGAACAGGGCCGAGAAGAUCGCAAUUGGAGUAUGGCCAUUCUAUCUCACUUUCAACGUACAUCCCGGGAAUUCCAAGGUGGAACUCGAAGCCAUAUUGGACGAGGAACUGGUGCCGUUCGAGAAAGCGGCGAAAUUAUUUGCUUGUCUCAAGUAUCUGUUGGCCGCCGUUUUCGCACCUGGCGGGUUAAAUUUGAACACCGAGGAGGUACACAUGGCCUUGAAGGAAGUCCUGCAAAAUCAUGACAGCACCCUUAGCGAUAUCAAGGCCAGUAUUUCAUUCGAGAAACGGUUCCGUGACUUCUGGUACAACCCAUACUCGGAAACUUCGGCACCGGGUGCUGCAGACGAGACUGGCUGA